AUGGCGGACAUGUCAAAUCAUGGUUUCUUCUGUUUGUUUACAGAAAAGUUCAUCAGAAAAUGGAAAGGCGAUUAUUUCAUUUUAAUAUGAAUAACAUGAGUUAUAAUAACUGAUAUUUGUAGAAACAAGGUUUCUUCAAAUAAAUUUAAAUGAAUGAAGUGUUUUUUAUAUUUUAAAGAGACCUGACGCACGUGUUUGAAACAUAAAAUACUGUUUAUUAAAAGAGUAUUACGAUAUCAAAUAUUAUCAUUCGGCUUUUUUAGCAAAAAGGAAGCUUGAAUGAUGAUUGUGUGCCAAAAAAAAAAUUAAAAACCAACUUGCAGAUUAAAAAAGUACAUUUUUAAAAUGAGGCUUGCAGUCUUUAACGAAGAAGAUGAAGUUUUACUUUUGGGCGAAGGAAACUUUUCCUUCGCCCUAGACUUAUUUAAAAAGAAUUUGAAUAUUAUUAUCACCGCAUCUGGCUACGAAACUGAAGUUAACAAUGUUGCGAAAAAAAACGUGGAAAUUCUCGAAGAAAAGGGAGUGCGAGUCUUAUUAGGAGUCGAUGCAACGAAUCUAAAGAGUCAUCCUGAGUUACGAAGCCAACUAUUUGAUAAAAUAAUUUUCAAUUUUCCACACGUAGGCGGAAAAAUGCGGAUAGAAAAGAACAGAAACCUCUUGAAAAAUUUCUUUAUAUCAGCUAGAGAUUUUUUGAAACUAAAUGGACAAAUAAUAAUGACACUCUGCAACGGACAAGGUGGCACUCCAGCUGACAAUCCCAGAAGAAGUUGGAACGAUUCCUGGAAAGUAGUGGAAAUGGCAGCUCAUGGAAAUUUCCUAUUAACGGAAAUAGAACCUUUUCAAGUUUCCGUAUUCGAAAAUUAUCUCAGCACCGGUUAUCGGAGUUUGGAAAAGCAAUUCAACACCGAAGGCUCCCUCCUACAUUUUUUUAAACUAGUUAGAGGCCCUGAGAUUGUUAAAAUUGCCCCGAAAGUGAAAUUAGAUUUGAGAAAUUUCGAAGGGAUUUGGAAAGAUAUUAAGAGGAUGAAAGAAAAGGAACAUAUUUCUGAUCCGAUUUCUCUCUAUCCUUUGAGCUUUUUAUUUGACAUCACCUUUUCGAUAAGAGAAGAUUUCUCGGUUUCCAAAUUUUUCGAAGUACUGCAUAAUUUCGCAGGGCGGAUCAUAGAUGAUGUGGAAUUUAUUGGAUCUUAUAAAUUUUUCGAUUGUGAUAAAGAAACGAGAACUUGUAGAAUAUUAUACAGAUCUAAUUAUAUCCCUUUGUACAGAAAACGCACUAUCGAUAUUCAUGAAAAUAUUGUUGCAAAAAUUAUCGAGGAUAAUUUGAAUGUGACUGUUACGAGAUGACAUAAAUCGAGAUUGUUAAGUUUUAAAUUUCUUGUUAAAAAUGCUUUGUAUUUUUAAAAUAGUGGAAUACUUGGCAUUUUUAUAAAAAUAGAAAACCAAUUGUUCAUUC